UUGGAAUGAUCAUGGCUUUCACAUUCGGAGAUGAAGUUUGCUAUCCAGCUUACGAAGGCCGGGAGACACCAAAAGUCUCAUACGGACUUCAAUUUCCUGAAGCCUGCUUACGUCACUGUCGCGAUACCCUCUCAACAUGUAGGGUAUACGUAAUUUGUUCAAAAUCUUUGGCUCAAUCUACAGAUGCACUCGAACGACUUCGUUCGGCACUGGGUAGUAGGAUUGCCGGAGUUAGAAUCGGCAUCAAUCCACAUACUCCAAUUGCGCAAGUUCUUGAAGUCGUCAAUGAUGCGUCAAACCUCAACAUCGACUGCCUGGUAACGCUAGGCGCUGGCAGUCUAACGGAUGCCGCCAAGUUGGUCAGGCUCGCCUUGGCCAACUCGGCUACAAGUGAGGAGGAGAUGAAUACUCUGUGGGGAACACCAAAGAGCAAUCCUACGUUGCGAAACAACAUAUCCAAGCCGACUAUUCCUCUUAUCCACAUCCCAACAUCACUGUCCGGAGGAGAGUUUCAAGCCAUUGCAGGAGGAACAGAGUCCCAAGGCCACGCGAAGAGAACAUUUCACUGCGAGCGUGUCGACCCAGAACUCGUUAUUCAAGAUCCAGAGCUGUGCCUUACUACCCCCGAGUGGGUUUGGCUUAGUACGGGGAUUCGAGCUGUAGAUCAUUGUGUCGAAACGCUAUGCUCGCUUGUCUCAAACGAUAAAGCUGAUGAAUGGUCGAAAAACGGACUCGUCAAACUUGUCAGUGGUCUGUUGGCAAGCAAGGCAGAUCCGAAGUCUUUACAAGCGCGACAUCUAUGCCAUCAGGGUGUUGUCUCGUCUAUGUGUGCCGUGUCAAGUGGUGUGCCACUCGGUGCGAGUCAUGCCAUCGGACACCAGCUUGGACCCCUUGGAGUUGGCCACGGUGAAACGAGCUGUAUACUCCUGCCUGCUGUAUGCAGAUUCAACUUCGAUAAGAAGGCAAACGUUGAGAGACAGGAAGUGGUACGGGACUUGUUGUUGGAACAGGAUGAAGUUGGGCAACUGCUACAAGUGAAGGGUCAUGAUAAGAGCGCCGUAACUUUGGCCGAUAUCUUGGACGUAUUUAUCUCCACUCUGGGCAUGCCUCGAUCACUUGAAGAAGUUGGAGUUGAAGAGGAUAAGCUUGAGGUCCUUGCGCGGAAUAGUCUCGACGACAUCUGGAUUCAAACAAAUGCAUUCCCAAUCACAGAGACCAGUCAAGUCGUGGAGAUACUCAACAUGUGCGUCAGAAGACGAUAGAGCUUAUAUAUAAAUACUUAUAUGCUUCAACUUAAUACUGCUUAUUGGUGAAGUACUCAUACUUGCC